GCUUUCCGGAUGAAGCUGCUCUUCUCCCCGCAGCAGAGGAAAGUCGGAGGCUCGUGUGUCAACAUCCAGUGUUUCCCCCGGGAGACGUAACGUUAACGCUAUUCUUAAAAAAACCCUGACGUCCCUUUGAGGAGCUGCUUUCUUAUUCGCCUCUCCAGCCUCGUCUUCAUCCUCGCAGGCCGCGGUGCUUGGCAGCGUUGAGACCCGAAGAAGAAGGCGCUCGGCCCCCGCUGCUUUGACGUUAGCUAACGUUAUUGUAAACGAUGACUGGGUACAAAGUGCGAACGGCGUCUCCGAUCGUCUAGUAUUAUCUGGGGACCUGUUAGCUUAGCCGGCUAGCCUGGUGGUGUCGAUCCGAGCGAAGGAGACGAGGCGACGCACACUGCUGACAUGAUGUUUCCUCAAUCGAGGCACUCGGCGUCCUCUCAGUCCGGUCAACCUCUCAAGUUCACCACUUCUGACUCCUGUGACCGCAUCAAGGAUGAGUUCCAGUUCCUGCAAGCACAAUACCACAGUUUGAAGUUGGAGUGUGAUAAACUGGCCUCUGAAAAGUCUGAGAUGCAGCGUCAUUAUAUCAUGUACUAUGAAAUGUCUUACGGGUUGAACAUUGAAAUGCACAAACAGGCUGAAAUAGUGAAGAGACUGAACGGAAUCUGUGCUCAGGUGCUGCCUUACCUGUCACAGGAGCAUCAGCAGCAGGUGAUGGGCGCCAUAGAGCGAGCAAAGCAGGUCACACCUCCUGAGAUGAACUCUAUCAUACGGCAUCAGCUCCAGGUGCAACACCUGCCCCAGCUCCAGGGCCUGGCCCUGCCUGUGACCCCGCUCCCCCUGGGCCUCACCCCUCCCUCCCUGCCCGCCGUCUCCUCCAGCUCUGGCCUGCUCUCCCUCUCGUCCAUCCUGGCCAACUACUCCCACGGCCAGGCUCAGGUGGUGAAGGAGGACAAAGCCAGGGAAGCGGCAGAGAGAGCACCCAGAGGAGACGACGGGGAUAAGUCAGACUAGUGUCGACACAGUGAGGAGGUUUGGAGAGGGAGGAGGGGUGUUGUGAGGUGUUGAGAAAAGAAAGGUGAAACUGUAACUGUAAAUGGAGAUUGAUGUAAGUCUGGCUGCCUGUCUUGAGUGUUGAUGAAACCGCAGGGAUGAUGACGAGCAGAAAAGACGGCGUUGAAGCUUUUGGAUGUGUUAGAGAUUGAAACUGCUGAAUGGUUGAGAGCGUGAGUUCUUCUUUAGUGGUAAUAGACUCAGUUCAGGCUUCUAGACUUAGAAUAAAUGCUUUUUCUUUUGUGUAAGCCACUGUUGUUAGGCUUAACCGAGAUAAAUGUUUUCCCAUCUGGAGAAAGCGCUGCGGCUGAAAGCUAACAGCAGUCUCCCACACAUGGAUCUGCCUCUCACAGGUUUAUUUUUCUUCUUGUUGUUAUCAGAUCUGUAUUCAAUGUUUAUUUUUUUUCUUUAAGUCCCUCAGAUUGUGUCUUACUGGCUCCUGUCUGCCAGUCACUGUAAGGAGUUUUAACAUCUCAGCUCCCUGUAACUCCUUUUUCCUCAUUGCAUGACGUACAAAAGCUCAAUAUCACCUUUCUCCAAAAAUGUCUGGACCGUAGACUGUAAAUAAACAUGGACGACACGUCUCCUCUUGCUCCCAUUGCACAAAAAUUAAGGAUGAAAUAUCCCGGAUAUAGGUGCCACCAUUUUGCACUUUUAACGUAAUUUGGAGUCUGUGCAGUAGUGAUCCUGGUAUGGAGCUGUGCUAUUGUGUUUCCGCCGAUAAACACACUCGUCCAAUUGCAAGUCAGUAUCAUCUGUCAGUCAUGAUCUUUCACCCUGUUUUUUUAAACCCCCACUGGAAAAAUGAGCACUUGGACAUACAAAAGUGUGAUAAGAACUACCUAAAGUGACAGAAACCAUCUUGAAGAAAAUUCAAUUUGGCGUGUACUUUGACUUUUUAGUUUAGUCCAUGUCCUACAUCCACCAGGGGGAGCUGUCUUGUCGUCCAUCUUUAUAAACAGUCGGAUUACACAGACAUUGUGCAUCGGAGCCAAAUUAAAUCUUAGCCGAUGAUGUUAAAUGGGAUGUUUUUAAAGGGACAUUUCACUUAUCCUGUGCUUUCAAACCCUUCAAAAAUCCUAACCCAUUAUUUUCAUACCAACCACUGGAUGCAUUACCUUUAGCUGUGUACCUCAGUCCCAGAGAAAUGGGAUUUUAUUCCAUUAAAAAACCCUAUAGUUUGUACAAAUGGUAGUUCAUUUGUUUAAUAGGCCGAGCUGCUGCUGCUGCUGCUACACGCGCUACAUUUAAUGGACCAUGACUCGUCUGUAAAUGACAAGAAUUUACACUCUGAAAGAAUUGACUUUAUUUUGACAUGUUGUUUUCGUGAAGUUAAAGACAGGCUAUGAUUAGUCUAGAGUUGUCUGUGUGUGUUGGAGUGAAUGUGAUUGGAAAGAAGAAAACAUGUUUAAUUUAAAUUUUUUUUUUUUUUAAAGCACCUUUUGUAUUUCCCUCACCCCCCCCUCUGCGUCAGUCAGCCCUUUCUCCCUUUUGCUUGUCUGCUUUUAAAUCAAACUUGAACGGGAUCUAAACUUCAGAACCAGACGGUGGAAACCAACAGACGAGUGUUGACUGUAUUUCUGUAAGUUCACCUCAGUUUAUACUGAGACUGUGUCAAGCACCUGUCUUUUCCUACCUUGUGUGUGACUAUAAGGGGGUAUCCUCCUCUUUUCUUUAGUUUGUUUCAUUAUUUUGAUUAAGAAUGUGUCCUGAGUGAGUGGCUAAAGCUCUGAAAGCAACAGCAAACGUGCGUAGGCUCAGAAAAAACUAAGUUAUUACAACCACAAUUUGUGCUGGUGACCAAAUUCUUGUUCCCUUACGAUCACAAAAAAACAAGCAGUAGAUUUUCAAACAAAUUCUUUGUCCCAACUCCAACGCUAAAUAAAUACCAGUUCUAGAGUUUAAACACAAUCUUCUUAUCUUGAUAGUAUACUCUUCUUAUGGUCCAUAUACAAGAAAUCAAUGCAGGUAAUGAUAAUAGAUCAGCGUUUCUUAUCCAGAUCAUUUUUACUUUUGUACGGUGAUAUCUGGUUUAACUAGAACAGCACUCGGAGCGAUAACCUCAAUCCUGUAGUUCCUACAGUCGACAUAACAAAGAAGGAAGGAGGUGGUUUCAUAGGUAAAACAUUUAUUUGUCAUAAAAUUUAGUUUAAUCUGCAUUCGCAGCAAAAUGGGUUUCGUCUUCUCAGGCCCAGGCCCCUUGAAGGAUGGGGAUACCUUCACCAAGGCUAACAACCUAUCCCGCCUUGUUAAAGUGAAGUUUAAGUAUAAUUGGUUCAUUCCCUACAUCUCCAGAAAAUGCAUUGGAAUUCAGUUCAGUAGUCUUUUCCAUAAUCCUGCAAACCAACAAACAAACGCUGAUGAAAACAUACAGUAACCUCCUCGGCAUAGAUAAUUAUCAUCGUCCACAAUUUGUUUCCACUGUUUAAUUAAAGACUACUAAGAUAUUUUUUUCUCUCUCGCGCGUAAACAAAACAAAUUUCACUUUGAGCAGAUGUUCCACGGUGAGGAGAGACAUAACUAAAUCUGUCACUUGAUAUGUAUGCAAAGGUAAAUACAACAUUAUACACGUCUUUGAGGAGAAAUGGUUCAGCAUAUCCGACCAUUAGUCAAAGUAGGUGUUGGGUUUUUCGUGAUUUCACGCAGGAAGUGUGACAAAGUGAAGAAUGCAGCUGGUCAUGCUGAAACACUUGAUUUGUGUACUGCUGAUUGACACUUUCAUCUCAUAAUGCAAUGCACAAAGUAAAUGGAGGAGAACCGAUAUUAUUUUAGGAAUUUAAGUUGGGAGUUUUCAGUGGUUUUCUAAAGUUUUUUUUAUCCUGAAUAUAAAACUUGUACUGAUUUCUUGUGUACUGACUGUAAAACGGUUUAAAGGUUGGAAUAUAGCGCACACUGAAUGCUGUUGGUCUUUAGUAUGGAAAUGGGACAACAGGGGGCAGCAGUGCUCUCAUUAGUGUGAAGACGCUCACAAGCCUCUGAACAUCCGCAGAGAGUCGGUGUGAUGAGUUCACAUCAUCGUGACCGCUCUUCUCCUCUUCUCUUCACGUUCUGACCGUCGGGCCGAGCCGCUGUCACCCCCUGUAAUGUGAGCGCUUGCCAGAGCUUUGACACCCCACCUUUUAAUGUCUGAGCACGUCCAGGAUCUGCGCUUGAAUCUCUCUCUCUCUCUCUCUCUCUCUCUCUCUCUCUCUCUCUCUCUCUCUCUCUCUCUCUCUCUCUCUCUCUCUCUCUCUCUCUCUCUCUCUCUCUCUCUCUCUCUCUCUCUCUCUCUCUCUCUGUAUUUUAAUUUGAAAAGCACUUAAGUUGUGGCUUGGUGCUCGUUUGUUUUCCUCCUUCCUGUCUGUGCUAGUGUUGGGGAGCUGCAGGGUUUCCCUUCCCUGGAGAUUUUCGACUUUAAUAUAUCGAGUGCGGAGAACACAUCAGUUUGUCUUUUGCGCUCUUUAUGCUGACGUCAAGUCUCUGUAGAAAAACCUCCUUUGGCAAAACUCAGACAUAUGAAUGGUAUGUGUGUUUGUUUUUGCUGUGAAGGGCCAAUUUGUAUACAUAUGAAUAUAUCAAUAUACAUAUUUUUUAAAGCAUUUUUGUAUGUUUCAAAGCUGCUUUUUAACGUGUGUAUCAUGGAAGACUUAAGUGUUGUAUGUGUGCAUUACAAGCCUACAGUAAGAGAGGCACAAUGUUGUAUACCAUGUCGUUUUUCCUGUUUUUUCUCUCCCAUUCUCUCAGUAGGCAGUAACACUUAACAUUGUUUUCUAGGUUUGUAAAUGUUUUAUUCCUUUUUCGGUGCAAAGAAAAUCCAGUUUAAUGUGUUUAUGAACACAGUCUCAUUUUAAGAAAAAUAUCUGGGGCAAAAAAAAAAAAAAUGUAAACAAGCAACCGUGUACUCUUAAUGAGAAUGAAUCAACCUUUUAGCAGUAAGGAAGCUUCUCUGGUGCCUUACAAAUAAAAGAUGUGAUUGCGA